UUGAAUAACUUCAAAAUUUGUUGGUGCUGAGCUCUAGCAAGAAACCCCACCAAAAUCAAAGUAAAGAAGGUCAGAAUGUCUGCGAUUUUGACGCCCAUUUCAGCUUCUGCUUACUCUUUUCCUGAAUUGAGAAAUUCUCGAGGCCCCACCACGAGUUUCUCAAAAAGAUUGGGUUUUUCAGGGGAAUUCAGCUGCAGAAAGCCUGUUUGUAGCGAUAUUAGGAGAAGAAAUCUCUGUAAAAUGAGGGGUUCAAGGUGGGGUCGUGCGAGUACGACCGAUGAUGGAGUUCCUGCCUUUGAACAGGAGGCCUUUGUGAAUGAGUCUUUGACUUUUGAAGAUGGUGGAAUUGAAGCUACUAUCAAUCAUAUGAGCAAGUGGCUCAUCUCGGCGAUUCUUAUUGUAUUCAUUCUCUGGAGGCAUGAUGCACUAGCUUUAUGGGCUUCUAUGGGGUCUGCAAUCAAUGCUACGCUCUCAGUUGUACUUAAGCAUUUACUAAACCAUGAAAGGCCAGUUUCUGGACUAAGAUCAGACCCGGGGAUGCCUUCUUCUCAUGCGCAGUCUAUAGGUUAUACCAUCACAUUUCUCGCUGUUUCAUUGGUGGAGAUGUUCGGAGUCAAUGCUUUUACAGUCACACUAAGCGGUGUUUUUGCUAUAAUCGGCUCUUAUUUUGCAUGGCUCCGGGUCUCCCAGCGUCUUCAUACAGUUAGCCAAGUGGUCGUGGGAGCAGUCGUUGGAUUCACGUUCGGGUUUCUCUGGUUCUGGUCAUGGAAUAGUUUUGUGCUCAACUUGUUCACAUCCUUCUUGUGGGCAAAACUUGUGAUCAGUUUGGGUGCCUUUGUAUUUGUUGUUUCUUUUGUUUUUCACAGUUACCAGUCCUGGCUUAAUGAUACAUAGAAAAUUCAGAUGAA